CCUGACUCAUCCGACUUGAUCAGGGGAGGAAGAGUGCAUGCAAUGUCACCACGAGAUGACAUAGUCCGCGCAGUGGCAGCGGACUAUGCAGCGAGACAUGACUCGACUAGACACGACGACGCCACACGGAAUGGCCUGAUCUGAUCUGACCAGAGUCCCGGACGGGACCGGAGCGGGGCCUUGACCUUCACUUCUGUCGACAUAAAUUCCGGCGAUUGCAUAUUUUCUUCUCGAGCUCGGUCGAUUUCGAAUGCUCUGGUUUUUCUUUUCUUUUUUCAUCUUCGCUGAUGAGUCCGAUUGCCACUGAACAUUAUUGUGCUCGUGGAGCUCAAUCCUCUGUUCUGGGUUUAGAGCUGCAACAGCGCGGCCGAUGAUGGUUUAAUGGCGCCAGCCCGUGAGCUUAGCGAUAAUGAGGUAGAUUUCGUCUGAUCGCCCUCAAGAUCUGCGUACCAAUGUGCAACAGAGUUUGACCGCCUGAUGUUCAUGGCGGUAAUGGUUGUUGGUGCUCGGGGUUGAGCCACUUGUUCGUCCCUGAUUCAAAGAUUUCCAGGCGCCUUGGAGAGAAGAUCGUAGUCCUCAGCUCCAGCACCGGAGGGUUUUUUUAUGAACGCAUGCUGAACUAUGACAUGCAAUUGUGCAGCUGAUCUCUCGUCAAGCUGUUCGGUUGGUGGUCUGGGGCCUCCGCUGAAGACAUCAGUGGUCGGGGAAGAUUGUGAGAUUCGUGCAAGUUUCCCGCUGUUCGGGUCCUGGAGAAGGGCCCUCGGAUCGUUCUGGAAGGUGCAGGGGAAUGGAGAAGCUGAGGUGACAGAGAAAGAGGGCUGAAUGGGAUGGAAGACGAGGCUUCCACUUCCGAGUGAACAACUUUCGUACGCCGCUCAGUGCGAGCCAAUUUAGGGUGCUGUCAACAUGGAAGAGGCUAAUCCAGCGUCCUUUUCUCCUCUUUCUUCUUUGAUUUCUUUGUACUCCUCGGUGUGUGGCUAUUUCUGCCGGUGGUUCCUCCGGAUACUCGCAGUCGGUCCAAUCCCCGAGCAUAUUGCAAUCAUUAUGGACGGGAACAGAAGAUACGCCGAUCGAACCCGAAUAAAUCGGUCUAUGGGUCACCUUCAUGGCUACGAUCGCCUGAUCGGCACCUUGGAGAACUGCCUGCAGUUGGGAGUGAAAUAUGUCACAGUUUAUGCCUUCAGCAUUGACAAUUUCCAGAGGCCUGCGGAUGAAGUCAGUGCGUUGAUGAAUUUGAUGGAAGAGAAGCUGGAUCAUCUGUGCAACAGUAGUCGUCUGACCAAAGAGUUUGGGGUGAGGGUACAAGUUCUAGGAGAUCUCUCACUAUUGCCUAGCAAUGUGCGUGCAGCUGCCGAGCGAGCGAUGGUGGCCACCAAGCAAAAUAGGUCAGUUGUUCUCAACAUAUGUGUGGCUUACACCUCCACAGCAGAAAUAGUGCAUUCCAUUCAAGAGAUUCGCGAUAGAUUUUGUACAUCAUUGUCACGGUCGGUCCUCGAUAAUGCCAAAGACUCCACCCACGAUUGGUCUGCACAAGCUGAAAGUGGUGACUGGAAUGUCCUCUACAAGCCAAAGCAGGAUUAUCGACCUGCAGUCAACAACGACUAUCAGCACAGUAGAGAAAUUGAUGCUUUGUGUUCGAAGUCCAGUCCCGUACAUCUUGAGGUGAGGAACAAAGAAAGGACUGAUUAUGUACUACAUGAAACAAUGAGCAACAAGACUCCAGCUGUAUGUUCGGAAAGUAGAUUACGGAGUAGGAAGAAUGGCCGGGUUCGUGACGAGGCUUUAGGGUCGCAGGCAACAUUGGAGAAUGGCUCCAGGAAAGGGGAGGAGCCGCCGAGUAGAAUGGUCAUAGGGCAUACUUUCUUUAGUGAGCAACUUCCGGUUAGUGAAGUUACAGACGAAUCAGAGAAUUGGGAAAGUAAGAAGGUACUGCCUUUAAAUUUAGACUUUAUUACUGUCAAAGAAAUUGACUGUCAUCUUUAUACAGCAGGCUGUCCACCGCCUGACAUACUCAUUCGGACGUCUGGAGAGACUCGAUUAAGCAAUUUUCUUCUUUGGCAAUGCGCUGCAAGUCAUCUAGCGUUCUGUAAGGUUUUAUGGCCAGAAUUUAGCCUCAGGCACUUGAUUUGGAUCAUCCUUGAUUAUCAAAGAUCAAUUGCUGACCUUGAGAAACAACGUAGAUUGGAAGAGGAAUUACUGUCCUAAAAAGUUCCCUAGAAUCAGUUUUGACAAGAUUAGGUUAGGUUGAGUGCUGUUAUGUAUAUCAAGGCUAAACUGGUCUUCUUGUAAUGUGCCGGUUUAUGUACUAGCAAGUUUUUGAGUCUCAGCUUUCACAUGGCAUAUCAGGCUUCGUCCGAGCACAGCCUUAUGAAAAGCUUUUCGUUUCGAAGAUGAACGCUAGCCGGCAGAGAUGUUGACAAAACCAGGGGAACGAGAGAGCAAUUACGGCGCUAGUUGUAUUGAGUAUCACUGAAUACUAAUGAUCCACCCAACGUUUUUGAUAGGACGUGGCCUUGUGGCACUCACUUGUAAAUUACUCAGCUGUCUUGCAGCCCCCAGGGUUCAUGGGACAGAAAUUUUUUUCCAUUCUCUUCGCUGUUCAUUAGUGGAACAUCUGAAAGGCUUCUGGUUCUAUUUUCACUGAGACCAAUUUCCUACAGCUUGCAGUUUUACAUUCUGUAAAUUACAUCAAUUCUUGAAUAGCUUGUAUAGCCCAACACCUUACCUCGUCCGACAUCUCUGCAACUGUAUUUGGAAUGCAUAUAUUGUGUGAGAUAUGACCUGCUUUAGUACUCAGAGUUAGUCUUGUUAUUUACUCAGCUGUCUCGCAGGCCCAAGGGUUUAUGUGACAGAAAAAAUUAUCCAUUUUCUUCGCUGAUUCAAUAGAAGAACACCUGAAAGCCGAAAGAGGAGUCUGGUUGUUCAGUUAGACCAAAUGUUUACAACUUGCUGCUUUACUUUUUGUAAAUUACACCAUAUUAUUGAACAGCUUGUUCAGUAAAGUAUAUACCGUACCUGGUCCGCCA